ACGUCCGCGCGCGUCUCCAUGGAGACGAGGGACGCCGGGAAUCGGGAAUCUCGCCACUCCGACCGAGCCCCGCACGAACCUCGCGUGGCGCUGCCCGCCCGGGAGAUCGAACCAGCAGACACGCACAGAGAAACACGGUGACAGCGGCCAUGGUGGACUCGAGCACGGACGAGCAACUCGGUCGCUUCUUGGGCAGAGUGGACGACGUCGCUGACCUGCUCGCCCGCAUGAACUCUCCGGACGAGCAGCUCCGGAGAGCGGCGCUGGCGGAGGCCGACCGCACCAUCCAGCAGCUCCAUGACGAUCAGGAGGAGGUUGACGGUUGCCGGGUACGCCUGGACCGCACAGUCAUUUCCGCGGCACCGGCGGCGGCGGCGGGCAGCAUGGAAGGAAACCCGUGCCCGGAGAUGAGCCAAGACGCCUUCGUAUCACUGCUGGAGAAGGAUGCGCGCGAGAGGGCGGACCGCCGGAGGGAGAACGAACGCCUGGCGUUGGGCCUCAAGGAGCGUGGUAACAACGCGUUCCGGGAGGGAGACUUCGCCUCGGCGCUGGCGCGCUACUCGGAGGGCCUGGACGCGUGCCGCGAUCUGGAGGUGCUCUACACGAACCGCGCACAGACGUUCCUGAAGCUGGGCCGGCCCGCGGAGGCGCUAGCGGACUGCGAGUGGGCGCUGCGGUGCAAUGAGCGCAGCGUGAAGGCCCGGGUGCUCAUGGGAAAGUCUCAGCAGGCGCUCGGGCAGUUCACCGAGGCACAGGGUACUUAUGAAGCAGUGCUGGCCGCUGAUCCCACCCACAAGAUACUAAUUCAAGGUCUCCUGCGCGCCCUGGAGCGGGAGCGUCUCCGCGUGGAGGAGGAGGAGGAGGAGCGCGAGGCCCGGGCCCAGCUCUCCGGCGCCGAGCCGCACGCCGCCCGCUCGCUCCUCGCAGCCCUGGGCCACCUGCGCGGAUCGUCCGCCCCGGAGCUCGCGCGCCACGUGCGGAGCCUUGCCUCCUCCAUCCACAGCCCCACCACCAGAGCUCUGUUCCGGAUAGAAGACGGGUUUGAGAUCAUCACUGGGAAUGCCACUCUGCUUCGGAGCCUGUGCGGGCGCUGCGUGGGCGAGGAGGAGACGGCGCUGUGCGUCUCCCUGCUGCAGCUGCUGCAAGCGGCCUGCCAGGACGACGACGCCAGCGUGGGGCGGCUGCUGGCGAGCCUGCAGCUGCGCCGAGCCGCCACGGAGGCGGCGAGGGCGGCCGAGGAGGAGGAGGCGGUGCCGCUGCUGGGUGCGCUCCGCUCCGACGAGGCCGCGCUGCGGCUCCACGCCGUGCGGCUGCUGCGGACGCUGAGCCAGACGGAGGCCGGUCGCGAGCAGCUGCUGGGGCAGUUCGACGUGGGCAGGUUGCUGAGCGCUGUGGCGAGCACGCUGCCGAGCGUGCCGGCCUCCCUGCCCCUCGACGUCAUCACGCAGCUCGGCACGCACCCACGAUUCAGGCGCUGGCUGCGGGAGGACGAGGCCCGGGCCGCGCUGCUCGCUCCGCUGGAGCGCUGCCUGGCCCGCGGCGAGCCCACGUGCCCCGACGCGGAGCGCCUCGCCUCGUGCGUCGCGGCGCUCGCCACCCUGGCGGGCUACGGAGGAGCGGUGCGGGCGGCCCUGGCGACUCGCCGCGAGCUCUGGGACGCGUGCCUGGACCUUGCGGAGCGCUGUGUGCAGGACAGCUGUGCCAGGCCCCAGGACGCUGCUCCGCUCGUCGGGGCUCUGCUCGGCGACCUCGUGGGGCUGCUGCUGCGACUCGCGGAGGAGGACAAUGACACCGUGAAGGGCAUUGCGGGGAGAGUGACGCGCACGUGUCUGCCCCUCCUGGAUGACCCGUCAGGCCGCAUGGUGAUGAUGAGCCUCGCCCUCCUCGGCCGAGUCCUGCCCAGGUCGGAGGUCGCGGUCAACGACGCCGUCUCCGCGGGCGUCGUCUCCUCGCUGCUCGGCUUCCUCGAGGCGCGGGACGGCGGCCGCGUCGCGGUGCUCGCCGCUCGGCCACUGGCGGCGGUGACGCAGAAGAACGCCGCGGCGCGCGAGCAGCUCGCACAGAGCCGGGCCGGACUGGACGCGCUUCUUGCGCUCAUCGAGGGCUCCACGGGGGCCGGCGAGGGGCUGGAGGGGGCGCAGGGGAACGCGGCCCUCUGCCUGGGCCACUGCGCCGCGUCUCCGCUGCUGCCCGGCCGCGCGGUCUCCGCUCUGAUGCGCCACGCGGCCCGGAGCGACGCCCCGCCGGCCCUCCGCGCCAACUGCGCCAUCGCGCUCGCCAAGAUGUGCCGAGCGCAGCCCAGGCUCGCGCGGAGGCUGCGGCGACGCGAGCACGGCAUGGAGCUGCUCCGAGACUGCGCGCAGCUCCUGGACUGAAGCCGCCUCCUCCUGUACCCCCACCUCCCACUUCACCACCCGCGUGUGACUACUUCCACGCCACUGUGAGCGCCGCCGCCGCUUCACCUUCCCGGCGCGGCCCGUGGCGAGCUGCUGCUGCCGUUGCCGGAAUCUUGUCGAUGCUAAUAAAGGCGGCUCGGAUGAAU